GGAAAGGGUACGGCCCAGGGUGCGCGGGCAUGAAGUUGGAGGUGUUUGACCCCCGCGCGGCCCACGGGGACAAGCCGGUUAGUGAUCUGGAGGGUGCAGGCGGGAGCAACGCGCCAUCUCCGCUGUCGGCAGCUGGCGACGACUCCUUGGGCUCGGACGGGGACUGUGCGGCCAACAGCCCCGCGGCGGGCAACGGCGCCGCGGAGCUGGCGGGCGGUGGCGAGCCAAGCCCAGGCGGGGGGCCGGGCGAGGAGGAGGAGGGCCCAGCGGUGGCGGCGGCGGCGGGGCACGCGGAGGCCUGCGCGGUGGGGCCGGGUGCGGGGAGCGCGGUGGGCGGCGAGGGCGCGCGCAGCAAGCCCUACACGCGGCGGCCCAAGCCCCCGUACUCGUACAUCGCGCUCAUCGCCAUGGCUAUCCGCGACUCGGCGGGCGGGCGCCUGACGCUGGCCGAGAUCAACGAGUACCUCAUGGGCAAGUUCCCCUUCUUCCGCGGCAGCUACACGGGCUGGCGCAACUCGGUGCGCCACAACCUCUCGCUCAACGACUGCUUCGUCAAGGUGCUGCGCGACCCCUCGCGGCCCUGGGGCAAGGACAACUACUGGAUGCUCAACCCGAACAGCGAGUACACCUUCGCCGACGGGGUCUUCCGCCGCCGCCGCAAGCGCCUCAGUCACCGGGCGGCGGCCCCCGCACCGGGGCUUCGGCCGGAGGAGGCCGCUGCCCACCCCCCUGCCGCACUCCCGCCGCCCGCACCCGCCGCCCCGGCUUCUCCCCGCGCGCGCUCGCCUGCCCGCCAAGAGGGGCGCUCCAGCCCGGCGGGCAAGUUCUCCAGUUCCUUCGCCAUAGACAGCAUCCUCAGCAAACCGUUCCGCAGCCGCCGCGACGGGGAAGCGGUCCCCGGGGCGCGCCUGCCGUGGGGCGCCUCGCCCUGCCCGCCGCUGCCCACAUAUCCCGCGCUACUCCCGGGCGCCUCUGGAGGGGCUCUGCUGCCGCUGUGCGCGUAUGGGACGUCCGAGCCGGCGUUGCUGGCCGCGCGCGGAACCGACGCGCAGCCCGCGGUGCCACCCGCCGCACCUCACCUCCUGCUCGCGCCCCUCUCCUCCUCGGCCCCAGCCAAGCCGUUUCGAGGCCCGGUGGCCGGCGGCGGCGCGCACCUGUACUGCCCCCUGCGGCUGCCCGCGACCCUGCAGGCGUCCUCGGUCUGUGGCCCCGGCACGCACCUGCCUUACCCAGUGGAGACGCUUCUGGCCUGAACAGAGCCGCGGAGCCCCCCAAAGGUGGGCUUCUUUGGGGAGGCAGGAAACGCAGGCCGGGGCUUUGUAUUUUUCUAGACAGACAAAAAAAAAAAAAAAAAAAAGAGAGAGAGAGAGACGUUAAUAGAAAAAUCUCCAUCAAACGUGCCUUAAAGCUAAAGCAUUUUUGACAGAAGUGUUCAAAUUUAAUUCAGAUUAUUUUUCAUCUUUUGUGACUUUACAGAAGACCAAACCAGUUCUCCAUAAUUGUUUUAGGUUCUUGACCAAGCCUGUCCUUCCCUCACUUCACAAAGACUUUUCCUAUCUUCUUACUCCCCCUUAUUCCUAUUUUUGUCGCACCUUCUAUUGAUUUGUCCCUUUAAAAAAAAUCAGGGAACCAUUCCAUAGGAUAAAUGAUAUGACUACUAUAUGGGGUUUAAUGGCCCCUGCUCCAUGUAAGUAUGUGGCAUUUAUAGGCAUGACUGAGUGUGAGAGAGGUGUCAGAGAAUCUGCAGUCAUUUCUCUGCUAUUGACCAAUGCUUCACUGUGCCAAAAGAUUUAAAAAAAAAAAAAAGUUGGGUUUUGUAGUUAAAUUAUUUAUAUAUUUUUGAGACCUGAAUUGAAAAUGUUGCAGGCAACGGGCUACAGCUUUAUUAGUGGUUCGGUGAUCUCUACCUGUGGUCUCCUUGGGCCAAGCAAUUUCUUUAAAGGGAAUGUUAGCAUUAUGUAUGUGGGGUGCCAGGACCACUGCCACCUGAAAGCAAGUGUGAUUUUUUAUUUUUAAUAUUAUUUUAUUUGUGUCUGUACAUAUUCAUGUAUAAAUUUUAUGAAACCCAGGCAUAGUGCUUAUUUUUAAUAAAAUUCACAACUGACUUUAA